UCCAAAGGAAAGGUGCUUCUCUCUCGGUUGUGUUGUCCUGCUUCACAGAAUCAUAGGUUUCUCGCCACACACAGAUCAAACUACAACCAAUUCCAACAACUACCUCAUUUUCAUUUAGGGUUCCAUUUUCUUCCUCAUUCGCCAUGUAUAGAGCCACAGCUUCAUCCCUCAAAAGGCAUCUCAAGGGCCGUGGUGGCAACUUGGGAGCUACUAGGUUUAAUACUUCAAGUGCUGUAGCUGCAAAGGUUUCCUCGGGUGGUUUGUUUAGCUGGCUUACCGGGGAGCGUUCGAGUUCACUUCCUCCUCUUGAUACGCCGCUUAGUUCUGUUGUUCUUCCUGAUCCUUUACCUGAUUAUGUUGAACCAAGCAAGACCAAGAUCACAACUCUUUCUAAUGGACUCAAAAUCGCGUCAGAGACCUCGUCGAACCCUGCAGCCUCAAUUGGGUUAUAUCUCGACUGUGGUUCCAUCUAUGAGACACCGUUGUCAAGCGGAGCUUCUCAUUUGCUAGAGAGAAUGGCUUUCAAGAGCACGGUUAACCGUAGUCACUUUCGUAUUGUAAGGGAGGUAGAAGCAAUUGGUGGUAAUAUAGGAGCCUCGGCCUCUCGAGAACAAAUGGGCUACACAUUUGACGCUUUAAAGACUUACAUUCCACAAAUGGUUGAGUUACUCGUUGACUGUGUAAGGAACCCAGCCUUCUUGGAUUGGGAGGUCAAUGAAGAGCUUCGAAAGGUGAAAGCAGAGCUUGGGGAACUCUCAAACAAUCCCCAGGGUUUGCUUUUGGAAGCAAUUCACUCUGCUGGUUAUUCUGGUGCAUUAGCUUAUCCUCUUUUAGCUCCUGAAGAAGCACUGAACAGAUUGGAUGGCCCCAGUUUAGAGGAAUUUGUUGCUGAAAAUUACACAGCUCCUAGAAUGGUACUUGCUGCAUCUGGGGUUGAUCAUGAAGAGCUUCUAUCAGUUGCUGAGCCACUUCUUUCUGACCUACCAAGUGUUCCCCGUCCUAAUGAACCAAAAUCUACCUAUGUUGGAGGUGAUUUCCGUCGUCACGGUGAAGAAGGGGCCGCACAUGUUGCCAUUGCUUUUGAAGUGCCCGGUGGCUGGCAACAGGAGAGAGAUGCUAUAGUUUUGACUGUUCUACAGAUGCUUAUGGGAGGAGGCGGUUCAUUCUCAGCUGGAGGGCCCGGUAAAGGGAUGCACUCAAGGCUAUAUCUUCGCGUGUUGAAUGAAUAUCAACAGAUUCAAUCAUUUUCUGCAUUCAACAGUAUCUUCAACAAUACAGGAUUAUUCGGCAUUUACGCGAGCACUAGCCCUGAGUUUGUACCAAAAGCUGUAGAUUUAGCUGCCAGAGAACUAAUAUCAAUUGCAUCGCCUGGACAAGUUUCUCAGGUACAGCUUGACCGUGCCAAACAAUCCACAAAAUCUGCAGUUCUUAUGAAUCUGGAAUCUAGAAUGAUUGCCUCAGAAGAUAUUGGAAGGCAGAUUUUGACAUACGGAGAAAGAAAGUCUGUGGAACAGUUCCUGACGGCCGUAGAUGAAAUCACUUUGAACGAUAUCACUAAAAUAUCUCAGAAGAUUAUUUCCUCACCUUUGACUAUGGCAUCUUAUGGAGAUGUUAUUAACGUGCCAAGUUACGAAACUGUGAACCGCAUGUUCCAUGCGAAAUGAACAAUAUGACAAGUUUUCUGAAUCAUAUACACGCAUGCUUCCAAUUUUCAAGAGCAAUGCUGAAAAUAAAUCCAGGAAAAUUUUGUGCGGAUUAUAGGACCCAUUAUUGAGGUUCUCAUGUUGGAUUAUUCCAAUUUUUGAUUUGUUUGAGUAAAUUUUUCUCUUCUUUCUUCUGCUUAAGAGAUCACAAAAGCAGUUGAAUAUGAUUUUUAUCUGUUUUUGAUAAUCUCUUUUACUAAUCAGUAUCUCGUGUAAUACUCGGGAUUUAGUUUUCGAUCGGUGUUCAUGUGUUUGAAUUCAUAUUAACUCAGUAGAAAUAAAUACACAAUGCAUUUCAACUA